AUUCCAUCAAAAAUCCCUAUUUCUGACGUUUUUCCCAUUCCGACGAAAGAAGCGGCAUGAGAUGGCGGUACACGAUAAGGGACCAGUCGCCGUUUGAAGAAAGCAGCAACUGCCAUCGAUUGACUUCUUCAGAAACAGCUAAUACUUUCAGGUGGCCGAUGCGCACUUACAAUGUGUACGGCUUCCUGCUCACAUGUACAUGCCUUCUUUUAAUACUUACAAUUAUUCCGAUGUCUGGAGGAAGUUCUGAAAGAGUUCAGAGAUCGGUGAGAAGUGUCGUGGAGACGAAGAAUAAUAUUAAGUAUGGUGUGAUAUGUGAUGCUGGGUCAAGUGGCACACGUUUAUUUGUGUACACUUUAAAACCAUUGAGUGGAGGACUAACUAAUAUUGACACAUUGAUACAUGAAUCCGAGCCUGUUGUUAAGAAAGUUACUCCUGGAUUGAGCAGUUUCGGUGAUAAACCUGAACAGGUUGUAGAAUACUUGACUCCAUUACUUCGAUUCGCUGAGGAGCAUAUUCCAUAUGAGCAACUUGGUGAAACAGAUCUUUUGAUUUUUGCAACCGCUGGAAUGAGACUCCUUCCAGAAGCACAAAAAGAUGCGAUUAUCAAAAAUUUGCAAAAUGGCUUGAAAAGUGUCACUGCUUUAAGAGUUAGUGACUCAAAUAUACGGAUUAUUGAUGGUGCUUGGGAAGGUAUAUAUAGUUGGAUUGCAGUCAAUUAUAUUCUUGGCAGAUUUGAUAAAGAGAAUGAUUCAAAAGUUGGAAUGAUUGAUAUGGGCGGUGCAAGCGUUCAAAUAGCAUUUGAAAUUGCAAAUGAAAAGGAAUCGUACAACGGCGGAAAUGUGUAUGAGAUCAAUUUAGGAUCGAUUGAAACCAAUGAGGACUACAAGUAUAAGAUUUAUUCUACCACAUUCCUUGGUUAUGGAGCAAAUGAAGGCCUGAAAAAGUAUGAAAAUUCGCUUGUUAAAUCUGGAAAUUCAAAUGAUUCGUGCUCUCCCAGAGGUCUUAACAGGUUAAUUGGAGAGUUCACAGUUAAUGGUACCGGAGAAUGGGACGUUUGUCUUGCACAAGUAUCAUCUUUAAUCGGUGAUAAAGCUCAACCUUCUUGUCCAAACCCAACAUGUUUCCUACGUAACGUGAUUGCUCCAUCAGUUAACCUAUCAACUGUUCAAUUGUAUGGCUUCUCAGAAUACUGGUAUACGACAAGCAAUUUCGGAUCUGGUGGCGAAUAUCAUUAUCAAAAAUUUACGGACGAAGUUCGAAAAUACUGCCAAAAAGAUUGGAAUGAUAUUCAAGAUGGAUUCAAAAGAAAUGAAUUUCCCAACGCUGACAUUGAACGACUUGGAACAAACUGUUUCAAAGCUGCUUGGGUGACCAGUGUACUUCAUGACGGUUUUAAUGUGGAUAAAACCAAGCAUUUGUUUCAGAGUGUUCUGAAAAUAGCCGGUGAAGAAAUGCAAUGGGCUCUAGGAGCAAUGCUUUAUCACUCAAAGGAUCUCAAAUUCAACCUACUAGAACAACUUGAAGUUGCGCAAUCUACCCAACAAAUAUCAAAUUUCUUCUCAUUUUUUGUCAUUCUUAUCAUUGUACUGGCAGUUGCUUUAUAUCGCCAACUUCAAUCUGAAUCUACGUACAAAAAAUAUAAUUUUCUGCGAACCGAUUCUAAACCGGAUUUUCUAAAUGUGUAGAGCAUGAUUUAACUUAUAACAAUUAUAAUUUAUCAUUAUUUUCAUGUCAAAUGCAAUAAAAAGGUGUGACUGGUC